AUCACCUUAAUUUGUUCUCGAAAUAGCAAAGUACAAUAAUGUUGUACACAAUAUUGUUAUUGGUUUUUGGCGUCCAGUUUUUCAUUCCUCAAUUAUUUGCUUUCCCAAUUCCCGAUCUGUACACGGGAUUUUCCAAACUCAAUCUUCCAGUACCUGGACCUUUUGGUCCCGAUUCAGUUUCCCGAGAUCCAAAUAAUCAAGGUCCCUAUGUGGGUGUUAGUGAUGGCAGAAUUCUCAAGUACAAUGGCACGGAUUUCGUGGAUUUUGCUUACCUUUCACCAAACAGGUCAAAACAGUUAUGUGAUGGAGUGACAAACCUAAGUUUGGGUCCUGUCUGCGGAAGGCCAUUAGGUUUUAGUUUUGACCCGAUUUUUGGUUAUCUUUACAUUGUGGGUGCUUAUGGUGGAUUCUAUAGAGUUGGCCCCCAAGGUGGACAAGCCACGUUACUUGCUACUAGUGCAAAUGGCGUAACGUUCAACUUUCUCAAUGGAUGCGAGUUUGAUAAACUCAGAAGAGUUGUUUACUUCACCGAUGCCAGUCUGGUAUACAAUUUUACGGAUGCUAGCUUAGGAAUCCCAGCUCCUCCAGGGGAUUCAAGUGGAAGAUUAUUAGAAUAUAACACCGUAACCGGAGAAGUAAGAGAAUUAUUGAGGAACAUUCCUCGUCCGGGAGGACCAGCAGUUAGUUCAGACAGCUCGUUUAUUGUGUACGGUUCUUUCACCACUCAAAAGGUUUACAAAUAUUAUCUGAUAGGGCCAAAAGCAGGAGCAUCCGAAGUUCUGAUUAAUAGUUUACUAGGUUUUCCGGUCAAAAUCAAGAGAGCCCCGGAAUUCGGAUUGUUUUGGGGGACAGCAAACGUGAUUGUUCAACAGCAACCUCGUUUGACUAAUGGAUAUGGAUACAAGUUCAAUUCACAGGGUGACAUAAUUAUUCUUAAGAAUUUUACUGCGGAAUACGGCAAUGCUCAAAUUAAUGUUGUGCAAGAGUACUCUGAUGUUAUACAGGGAGCAACCUUAUAUGUUGGCUCACGCUCACGAAGUGUUAAUUAUGUUGGCGUGUAUACAAAAUGGAGAUGAUCAUUACUUGGCCACCAUUUUGUCUAUAAUAAAAUUACAUAUGACCCUUGUACUAUAAAAUUAUGUGAAGUAAAUAAUGGUCUUGUAAUGGCUUCUUUCAAUAAAUUUGUGAGCUAGCUUUACAUAGACUCACUAUUUUUAGUAAGAGAAGCUGGUUUUACAUUUAUAUGCAAUGUUGG